GAAGAUGGCAAAUACCUGUCAUUUGACAGCAAAGGUAAUUUGGUUUUUGCCACAUUUUGACAGUAUUAUAAAUCAAUUUGAACUAACCCUGCAACAUUGCCAUCAUUAGCUGCAGACGGUGAUGAGUACUUCCAUUUUGGAAGAAUGGUGGCCAUGUCCAUUGUUCAUGGUGGUCCAGGGCCUCGUUGCUUUUCCGAGAACUUCUACCACUACCUAGUGGGUAAGGUGAAGACUAUUGAGGCCCCAAUUGCAGACAUACCUGAUCCUGAACUCAGGAAUGUUCUACUUGAGAUUAAGAAUGCAACAACUUUGGAAGAACUCUUGGAACUUGCAGAUAAGCACGCUAGCAUGCUUCCGACAGCAGGAUGCUAUCGAUGCCUGAGGACACUGGAGGAUAAGGAACAAGUUGUUAAUGAUUACAUCCAGUGGUAUUUCACCUACCGCAACCAUGUUUCCUUCCAGAGGUUCAAGGACGGCCUGGCUACCCUGAACCUUUUCAAUGCUCUGGAACAACAUCCCUCCCUGUUCCUGCCUUACUUGGUUUACAGCGCGGAAGACCUGAAAGCAGAGACUCUAGAGGCGCUGUUCCGUCCACAAAUGAGCCCAACUGGUAGCUCAAACCGCCAGGAGGAGGAGAGAGUGCUUGGCUACUGGCUGGACUACUUAAUCGCUGUAAAAGAGGAAGCAUCUGGGCUGUCCCUGCAGGACGUUCUGAUGUUUGCAACAGGCCUAAAAUAAAUCCCAGCAGCAAAAUUAACACCACAGCCUCAACUCACAUUCCAGAAACACUCAAGGUUUCCUGAGGCUAAUGUCUGCUCAAACACAUUGAAACUCCCGAUAUUACCCUCAUAUGAGAUGUUUGAGGAAGCCAUGAGUUAUGGAAUUAGGAAC